AUGUUAUUAACGCAGGAGAAUAAUGUGACAAUGCCUGAGAACACCCAGUUGGCUGAUUCCAGGUCAGAACUCAUCAAUCUCAUGCGCCAGAGGCGUUAUCUCAUCGAAAGCCUCGCAAAUUUGGAACGCCAAAUUUACCUCUUUGAGGGCAGUUAUCUGGACGAUACGGCACCAUAUGGCAACAUCAUAAAGGGCUGGGAUCGCUAUUUGUUAACUUCAGGAUCUGGAAGCGCUUUUAGUGUCGCGGCAGGAGCCAAUGGCACCGGGGACAAAAGAGUGCGCAAGUUCCGCGACUCCGAUCGGCUCUUUUCUCGCUCGUCCGUCACGUCAAUGGCAUCCGCUGCCAAUAUGCACAACUGUUACGAAUCCGAUAGACACGAAGGUUCCAUCUCUAACGGGUCCUUUCACGACAGUCAGCACUUCGAGGACGGAGUCAGCGAGAACGACCCCAAGCCAUACGCGUCGAUGCCGAGCGGCAAGAAAAAAAGGAGACACCGCUAA